AUGUUAGGUGUUUGGAAUGGAUUUAUGACUAAAAUUGGAACUGUUGAGAAGAAGAAAGUAUGGAAGAAGAGUUUGGCAGAAGAAGUAAGUUUUAUUUAGGAGUUCAAAAAAUUUACAGGGGUAUAAAUAAAAGGUCCACUCCUCUUUUUCCCACAUUUAUCCCGUAUUCAGGCUUAGCGAACUUCCGUAGAAUACAGAUCCACAACAAAAAACCCUUUAUUUCCAAACAGAGCCUAAGCUUGAGGUCGUAUGAAAAUAGCCAUCCUCUGGGAGAUUCCCUAAUUUCUGUCAGACUCUUACAGCACCCCCACAAAUAGAUAUUUAAAGUGCACUGUACAAUUUUUCUGAUGAUACAUGCAUCAAUGCACAGAAAUUGUGUGCACUUCUCAAGAUACAAAAAUUCAUGAAAAGUUGAACUAUUGCUUAUUUGAUCUUUUCUAUUUCUUCAUCCAGUUUAAAAUUAAAAUUGGGAAGACAUUUUUCAUUUCUUUUGUUUAUUUAUUCUGUGUUGGUGUCAUCAAAUAGGUUUUCUUCUUCCUUUUCAUUUCCAUUCCAUAUUCUGUAUUUCUUAUUUAUUCCAAAAUGGCUUCUUUACUUCUAAAAAGAUCGGAUUUUCCGGAGGUAAGUAAGGUAUAUUCACAAAUCACAUUUUAUGAUGUUUUUUCAUAAAAUAUUUUCACCUGCUUAUAAUCACCCUCAAUAAUAUUUUUAGAAUUUUUUUUGCUCUCAGAUCUCGAUGAACAAUUUUGUAGACUUGUAGUUUCCCUACAAAAUUGUGCUUCACUGAUUUUGAACUUUAUGUUUUUUUUUAAAAUAUAGACUGAGCUUAUUCAUAUAUCCAUGGUUAUCAGUGAGAACUGUGGUUUGAGAUUUUUUGGCCCCUAUACAGUAAUUUAGUGGCUUGUUUUUGAAAGAGAAAGAGAAUUAAACUUGAGGGAAUUAUUUUAUUCGUAAGUAAUAAUUAGAAUCAGUGCUUGUUAAAAAUUGAAAAACAAAUCAUAGGAUAAAUUACGUUUCAAAUAGUAAUUAUGGAAUAAAGAAUAAUAACAUUUCUAAUUCUCUGGUUUCAUUUACAGUUCAGAAAUCAAUAAUUUUAUUGAUUCAAAGUUAUAGUAUAAUUUCUGAUCAUUAUUCCAAAUUUCCUCAUGAUUAUUUUUCACCAAAGACGGAAAUAAUCAAAACAAAUAUCUGAUCAGGUGAAAUUUUAUUGUAAGGUAUAGUGAUUUCUGGUGUUAAUUUUAUGAUAGACUAAAAAUUAAUGGACAUAUGUACAUAAAUGAAAAUAUCUGGAUACAAAGUGACGGAAUUCCGUAGAACAUUGUUUUCACCUAACUCAAAAUAAAUCAGUAAUAAAAAUUCAAGAACAUUCUCAUGGAUUCGAAUGAAAAAACAAUUAAUCACCACCCUCACAAUUUUUUUCUAAAGUUGAAACAAAUUUCAGCUGUCUGAGAUAGCACUUUCAAUCAGAAAAAAAUUUCCAUCUUCAUCACAAGUGUGAAAAGUUCAUACUUUUUGUCUGCCUCAAAAUUUUAUGUGUUUGAAAUAUUAGUUUGCGAAUUUCAACUUUGAAUUGAGGAUAUUUCCAAAGUUUUAGGUCCAAAAAUGUAUUCCCUCGUAUUUCCGAAAAAAAGUUCUUGAAAUUUGCGCAAACACCGUCGAUCAAUCAGCCACAAAAUUAGAAUCUGUGACACCUAUAAUUUCUCGAAAACGUAUAAUUUCAAAGAUUUCAAAAACAAGCGGAUUACUGAAAAUUUCUUUGGCUCAUGUGUCACAUAAAAAUGCGUCGAAUUUUUUUUGUUUGUUUUCAUCCACAAAAAUGAUGACAUCUCUAUUUUCCUCCGCUUUUUCUCUCUCAAUAGAAACAGCUGAAUUUUUUCAGAAGUUAUUUUAUAAAUAAAAAUAAGCUAUUUCACUUCUCACGUCUUCAUAAAAAAGUUCUUUAGCACCUUAUACUUUUCAAAAGAUUUUUCAUGGUUAAUCUCAUUUAUUUUCAGAUAAUUGUGAGAUAUUUUUUCUAGAAAUCUGGAAUAUACUUAUUCCAAGAAUAGACCAAGAAUAUUUGUAUUCUUAUUACAAUUAUUUAAAGUGUGAGAAUUUUUGGGUGUGAUAUAUGAUUUUUCGUGAGAAAUCAUGUAGGUUCUAGAUCAUUCUUAGAACUAGAAAAAACUUGAUUCGAAUCUGGUAUAGAUCAUACGGUAUUUCGGAAUACAGAUCCUCAGCGCUGUUAUUUUGUGCUCCAAAGUGUCGAGCUAUUUUUAGAACCACAUUAACAGAAUUAGUGAAUAGAUCGGGGUCCCAUUCUACAAUUCCAGAAAUUAUAUACCUCCUAGAUCUUUCCUAGAACUAGAACACAUUCGAAUCGCAUCAAAAAGAUGAUGUAUCUUUGAGCCCAUUUCAACUCCCACCAAAACCCAUUUCAUUCUUUUAUUUUCUCGAAAUUUCAAACCCUAAAAUUAUUUGGAAAUGCGUAAUCUGUUUAUGUCGAGUUCUUUCUUUCUUCUUUCACUUCAAUUACUAGUUGACUAGUUUUCACCGAGAUUAUAAUAUAAUAUGAAUAUUUUCCGGCGCACAAAAAAAAUGCUGAAAAUCCAAUUUCCUCGCAAUUGUUAGUCAUGCAAAAUUUGGUUAAAUAUUGUUGAGUUGUGCAUUUUUUCCUUCUUUCAUUGUAGAUUUCUAGUUUUUUGAUUUUUCAGUCUGACUUUCGAUUUACUACAUACAUAUUUGUAGGCUGGGAAAUUUUUCUUGAUCUCAGAUUUCAACCCCAUCAAAAGCUCAUAUUUUUUCGCCUCGCAACUAGCAAAAAAGUUAUGAUUCAUUCUCGAAAAAGGACACCUUUUCCUUUUUUUUCCUUUACAAAUCCAACGUUUUUUUUGCUGAAUGUGCGAAAUAAUUGGAGAUAUUUUUUUCAUCUCGAAGAAGAAGAAAAAAGAGACUUUUCAGUGAGGCGAAAUUAAUUUUUCGCUUUUUUGAAUUCUGAAAAUUUCUUUUUCAAUUCAUUUCAUUUCAGAGCAACGGUUAGAUAAUCUAUUUUUGUCUUGAAAUUUCGAGCACAACGUUUGAACUUGAAGCUCAACUCAAAAUAACAGUUGACUUGAGUUUGGUCUUAGAAGGCCUAAUGAGGAAGUUCUCUGAUAUCUGUUACAAGAUCUAAGAAUUAAAAAUAACCAAGUCACUGACGUUAAUAGUAUAGUUGUAUCUGAAUACAAAUCUUAUUCUUCAAAAUGCUCUCAUUUCUAUAUGGAACAAUUUUUCUAGACUUCAAAAUCCUGUGUGAUGAUCGGAAUUCAAAUCAACUCUAAAACUUGAAUCAGAAAAAAGUUUCUUGAAACAAUUUCGGUCCUAUAAAAUUUUGAUGAAUUUUCAACCAGUUCUAAAAGGGUUUCCCUUUCAAAUUGUUUCCAGUUCAACUAAUUCAAAAUUUUUUAAAUUAUCUAAAAAAAACUCUUUUCGAAAUUUUCCAGUUGAACUGGCUGGAAUUGCAGUUUAUCAACGCUCUGCAUGUUUUCGAAGAAAUAUGAAUUUCGCGGAUCAUUACUGAAAUAUUCUCCUGGGAAUUACAGAGUCAAAAAACAAUUUUUAUUCUCGGUCCGUUGACUGACUGAAAAUAUAUAUAUAGAAAAUAAAGAGGGAAAAUGAAAUGGCAGGAAUCCUUUGAAGAAGCCAUUCAAGACUACUGUGCAUUUGUUUUAUUUUCGAUUUGGAUUUAGAACGAUCAAAAAAAUUGGAAACUUUAUCCAUUUUCUUUUGGAAAAAAGUAUUUUUGAACUUUAGUGAAACUUAAACUUCAUACUUUCUUAUGUCCGUUAAGUACAUUUAUUCUUUCUCUUCCAUCUUCGUCUUCUUCUUUUCUGAAGUCAAAGUGACUAAAGAGAAAAGGAAAAAAUUCUUCGAACACUUUUUUCUAAAAAACUGGGCGGAGCCUAAUCUCUGCCUCCUUUUCUCUUCGUUUCGUUUUGUUCGUUCACAUAUAUAUAUUUAUCAUAACUUGCUCUCGAAUAUAAUAAUAAUUCAUAGAUUUUUUGAACCUUAUAAAUCUCUUUUGAGAAGAGAUGAAUGAGUGAAUGAAUAAAAAUCUUCGCGGGUCCAACACAAAUUCAAUUUUCCCGUCCAUGUAGUCUCCCUUUUUUUUUCGUUCUGACGCCAUUUCCUUUUUCCUUGUGUUUGAAACGAGUUCACAAAUUUCUCUAUUUUUUUCAGAUGCUCCUAGAACAUGCUUUGUUAUAUAUUGCCGUUCCAGUCAUAUCAUUCAGUUUGUUGAUUUAUAUUUUUUAUAUUUUGAAAAGAAGACAUCGUGAAAACUUGACUAUUGGAUAUCCAUAUCCACCACCACAAAGAGGUUUGUUUUUUGAUUGAAACACUUUCAAAAAAUCAAGUUAUGCUAAAUCAAAUCAUAUCAAUUCGCGCAUUAACUCAUAAUUCUUUGAAAGAAACACCCCCAAAAUGAUCAAAUAUUUUCAGGACCUCUUCCAACUGCACCAGUUGAUGAAGCCGCUCCAUCUUAUGGUGAAGCAGUCACUUGUCGAACUGAUAAUAUUUUCGCAAUUACAGGUAUGUAUUAAUUACAAAGAACGGGAAAAUUCAAAGAAUCUUAUUUUUUCCCAUUCUUUUUUUAAGAAUUGUAUGUUGAGAUUCUUAGAACACAAAACGCUAAUUAUUGGAACACAGACAACAUUUUUUUCGGUUCUUAAAAAAAGACAAACAUUAAUGAAUCGGAAGUGAGAAAAAGUCUACGAGAAGAAAAGAAGAAAAAAGUGCAGACUAACUUAGAACUCAAAAAGUACACCAUUAAUACGGCUUUAAGAAAAAGUGAAUGAGAACUUUGGGGCGAACUUAUGAAAAAUUCAUAUAUAUUUUUUUUACAGAACCCGAUCUAUCUCGAUAUUACACAUUACAUUAUAUUGAUGAAUGUUAUCCACCAAACUUCAUUGUUCCACCAACUGAACCACCUCCGCCAUAUCCAGGACUUGAAAAAGGACCACCACCUCUUGAUCCUAUUGUUUAUCAUCGCGAUCGUUUUUAG